AUGGCAAUGGAUAUUGAUGUUCCCAGUCACCUUCGUGAAGAACAUGACAAAGCAGUGCACAAUACAGAGAUGACAGAUGCCAUAAGUAUUGGUGCAUAUUCAUUCACAUAUCAGCAAGUUAGUGUUAUGCUGCAUACUAUCUGUGCGGUGGUUGUAGCAUUGCAGAGGGAUACCCAAAAUCAAGCUAUGAGAGAUGCACUAUUUGACAUUAGCGAGGCUCUGCUGGAAGUGAUGGGUGUAGCUGACGAUAUGCACAGACAAUUUUAUGGUGUGCAGAUGGAUUUUGCAAUGGCUAAGUUAUUUCUGAGAGGCAAACAGGGUACAAACAUCUACAUCGACGGGAAAAGAUAUUCCUUACUACUACAUAGUAGGCCAUGGAUGUUUGACCCUGAAAGCCACAAUAAGGUUGCAAGCUCCAUAUUCAUGGCACAGUCAACGGAAAAGCUCUUCAACUUGAUUACUGGUACUGCAAGGGCAAAUGGUGAGAAGUGGAAAGAACUGACUGUGAACAUGAAGUCCUUCAUUGAAGGAAACAUAGAGAACUAUCUUGACAAACAGCCUGAAGGAUGGAAAGAUGUGCCCAGCCCACUCCAAGAAUUCAUGGGGAAGGAAUGGUCAGAGAAAGCUAGCACUGCAUACACCAUGUUCAUCAUGCUUAGUGGUGGAAUGGGCAAGUCCAUAGGGAAUGAAGACUCCUCUAUUGCCAAUGAUCAAAACAUGCCAGGGGCAUCUUUCAGCACUGGAAGUAAGAGAGCAGCAUCUCCCACUGCUAAGGAGGAACCGAAGAAGAGAAAGAAGCAGACAACCAAUACUGCCGACUGCACAAAUGUUAGCCAAAGGAGGGAUGAUGCAGUACCUGAUGAGUCAGUGAAAGUAGAAGAACCAAAACAUGCCAGAAAAUCUUUGAGGGAUGAUAAAACUUACAGAGCAGAUGACAAAACCAACACACCUAUUUCUACUCAUGAUGAGAUCAAGGUGGUUCCUAUGACUGAUGUGCUCAAAAAUCUCAAAAAUCUAUCUGGCAUCCAAAUUGCAUGGAUGAUUCCUGGGAAUGGGUUUACAAACCACCAUUCUCAUGGACUGGACCACCCUUCAGACACGUUGAUAACAAGCACAUCUGUUGAACAUGAUAUACCAGGCAAAGAGUACAAGUUCAUCAUCAGGAUGGCAAAGAAGGUUACCAUGGACCCUGAGCAGACAAAAAAACUCACAGAGUUCCAUGUUACUCUCUCUUCCACCAGCAGGAAGAAGAGCACAAAGAGCCCAUGCUCAAGUAUCAACAAGUUUGACACAGCAUUCCAGACACAGAUGAAGAGAACCAAGGGGACUGAAGUGCAUAGCUCCAUGCUGUGCACCCAGUCUCAGACAAGUAAGGAGGGAAGGCAAAAGCAUCCUCGAUGGGGAAAGAUAUUGAAUAAGGUUGCCCUUUCCAUGAUCUGGAAAAUGGAAAGGAACAUCAAUACCCUGGAGGAAAAACAUGGAGAUGUCAAAUUUGGAUCACUUGAUGAUAACUUGGAAGACCUGGCUGCUUUCCAUGGGGUACUUUUACAAUUGCUAGUUAUGCAUGGUGACAGUUGA